AUUCGGAGGUCUUCUGGAGUGCUAGUGCUAGUGUUUUUUAUCGACGGUUGUGUUCAAUCAGGUUUAGGAGCAAUGGCAACCUCUGCAACUCCUCAAGAUAUGCUCGUCGCUGAUAAUACUGGUGGUGAGUGUGACACUGGUUCAGCAUUAGUCCCAAGUGUGCAGCACCUCAUCGGCCUGGAUGCGGUCAAAGUGCACCAGAAGAGCUCAUCCUUCAGCGGCAACAAGUACACUGUGCUCUCUGGCGGUGACGUGCUGUUCUCCUUGAAGGAGGACGGCCAUGCCUUCACCUUCCUCUCCGAAGCCGAGAGCAGGCGGUUUCGAAUGGAUGGACUGGACAACAUGGACAGAAAGGUGUUAGUUCUUCAUCGACCUGCCGUUCUUCUUUGUUCAGAUAGUAAGCUGAUGCUGUACAUGGACGGAAACCUGGUCAGCAUUAUUCACGAGGAAAUAACUUUCAUGAAAGCGGUGUUCUUGAUUCAAGAUGCUAACGGCUCCACGGUACUCAGGGUUAAGGGUGGUUAUUCUCAUUAUAACUUUCAGUUGCAGACUCCAUGUAAGAGAGAAAUCGGGAAGAUUCAGAAGCAGUUCGGUGGUUUCUGGCGAGGGGUGUUCACACGCCUCAGCGAUUACGUCAUCUCCUUCCCGACAGACCUGGACGUGCGCUUCAAGAUGGCCGCCGUUGCUGCCUGCAUUCUCAUUGAUUACAGGUACCACGGCAGCUAGAAAAGGGACCGCUGCCAAAUGUUAUGAUACUUAAUAUAUUUUGUUACAGACGAAUGUUAAGAAUACGCACUGAAAAAGUAAACGUAUAUUUUUAAUUAAA